AUGGCAAACAGUGCCACCAUGCUUGCUACUGAGGAUGUAUAUGCCACGAAAAUUUCCAAACAGUUGGAGAGUCUGCAUUAUCGUAUGGUCAAUGAUGUUGCAAAUUACAUCAGUCCAGAUCUUGAUAAAUCAGACUGGGAUGUUUUUGUCGGGUCAUUACAUUCCCUCUUGGAGAAAAAUUUCCUAGAGAGAAAAGACAUCAAUUUUAUUCAGAUUUGUACAGAACUGAUUAAAAAAGAACAUAUAUAUUAUGGAUCCUACACUACGCUGUAUGAAGCCGUCAAGAAAAUUGAUGCUCGUGCCGCAAAGAUUAUUCAAGCUACAGCUGAUGAAAUCCAGGCGAUCCAAUUAGAAGAAGAAAUGGUAAUUUUUAUGUAUCAGCAAAUAUAUGCGAUACAGGAAGGAUCUUUAGCAGUAUUUAUAGAGUGUGAAGUGGAUCCUAAACCAAACAGUAUUUUAUGGAAAAGAGGCAAAAGUACACCACCAAGGGAAAAAGUUCUUAUUGACAAUCGUAAAUACUUUUCUGGUAGUAAGGAAGCUCCUUCACUUGUGAUAAGAAACCCAGAAAAACUAGUGGAUGAAGCUUACUACCAAUGCAUGGCAAGGGCCAAUGGAAAAAUAAAAAAUGGUGAUAUUGUACAGCUACAAGUGUCUGAUGACAAACAAGGAUCGAGCAGAGCUAACCCCACCAUAACAAGCCAUUCGUCCAUGACAACGCAUGAACCAACCCAGCAAACACAAGAAUUACCUGCCAUCAAACCAGACUUUAUGAAAAGUCGUCGAGGACAAACAAAAAGGGAAAGGAAGGACGUGUCUGAUGAUAGUGAUGAUGAGUGGAAUCCUACGUCUGAAAGGAGGAAGAGCCAAAGAGCAAGGCUUGCUUCUACUGACCAAGGUAGCCAGAUGUCAUUUAAAAUAAAGGAAGACAUUGAUCUAAACAGAGAAAAGUCAAAAGAAGAUGUUUCUGUUGUAUUUUCAAGAGUAACUCAUACUGAAGAACGAACAACUAAAGUAGAAUAUGAAACAGGAAGCGUAAUAAUAUGUAUAGAUAUCUCACCUGCCAGCAAUUCAUCAGAACCAUCUUCUAUACAUUUGGCUGAAGAGUUCAAACAUUAUCUAUUGGAUGGUGGAACUAUACAAUUAACUGAUGAAUCACACACAGUGUUACAUGUAGACGAAGAAGCUUGUUUCAAGAUAGCACCACAAAAUGCUGCUGAAGAUGGUUUUCCAUAUGUGAACAUUAGCCAUGGCGAGUUCACUGUUCCUGUCGAGAAAACAGCCUUCAUCCAAGCAUAUGUCAUAGCAUCACCGGAGGCUAUGUCAAUUCAGUGGUAUAAAGUAGAAAAUGAUGAGCGCAUUCCAAUAGAAAUAGACAACGAAAGAUACUUUGCAGGCUCUACUCUUUCCCCCACAUUAAUAAUCCGUGAGACAAACACUGAUGAUCAAGGACAGUACCAGUGCUCAGCUACUAAUAGUAAUGGAACUGGUUGGAGCAAUAUUUCGGUUCUGUCCAUACAACCUGGUGAGCCACAACGCACUUCGUCACAGAAGAGGAAGACGGAAGCUAGUCUGUCCUCGCCUGAUGAUCGUGGGUACCAGAUCAGAAUGUUAUAUCACCAGAUGGUGCUACAUCUUAGUGAGAGGUUCAGCCCAAAUCUGAAAUUGAUCUGGCAGAGACUUUUGGUAGUGCUGAGACCAUUGUUGCCUGAGGCAUUCCUUGGUGAUGACAUAACAAAUUUUGGACAGAUAUGCGAGAAUCUUUCAAGAGAAGGAAAGAUUCAUCCUAUGAGAGGUUCCUUUAAGAAACUCCAUGAUGCAGUCAAGAAAAUUGAUGCUGAUUCCGCCAAAGUUGUUGAGGAGACUUCAGUUCAAAUAAAGGAACUCCUGUCUGAAGGAAGGGAUCCAAAACUUGCUGCUAUGAUAGACACAACAAAAAGUAUAAUACAGACAGAGAAAGAAAGCUACCAAUUCAUUCCUACCAAAAGUCUCCAAGAUGCCCAUCAAAAACUUCUGGAGAAUAAGAUUGUUAUAAUCCAGGGCAACACAGGAGAUGGGAAAUCCGCUAUUGCAUUUAAACUUCUCCGUUUGCUGUGCUGUGAUGAGGAGGAGGAGCAACAGAAUCGAUAUCGACAACCACUACAACUACACAACAUAAAAGACUUUGAUUUGGUGGCACCAAAGUCACAAUUAGUUAUGUAUGUAGACAAUAUCUUUGGAGAGAAUUAUGUGUGUCAGGAAGAUGUGAAAGAAUGGGAGAAACGGGAAAAGGAAAUUAUUGCAAAAUGUUGUGGAAAUGAGAGAGAAGCCAAUUAUCUGGUUAUUACAAUUUGCAGUGGAAUUUCUAAUUCUGUAAAUGGAUUGAAAAAAACAUUUACCAAACAAAACAUUGUUGACCUCAGCCAGUACAAAGAUCAAAAUGAAAAACUUGAAUUGUUAAGGUUGUAUCAACCAAAAACUAAAUUUGUUAAAUGGAUGGAUGUUGAGGAGAAACAGAUUGUUGCCUCGGCCCCAGACAUUGGGUUUCCGCUGUGUUGUAGACUAUUUAGAGACACACCAACUUUGCAAACAGAGAGAGUCAAAUUCUUUGAAAGACCUUUUCAUUAUUUGAAAUCGUCUUUAUCUAAAUUAAAAGGCGGGACAUUUAUUGGUCUGCUGUAUCUGUUCCUCAAUGGCGGCACAGUUAAAGAAGUUGAUUUAGACAUUUCCUUUGAAAAAAGUGAGGUAAGUGAAAAAAUGAACGCAGCGUUUUCUUUUGAUGUAAUGAAAGUUUUUGAACCUUUUUACUACAAAAGAAACAAAGCUAUAUUUGUAAAGGAGUCGUUAGAAUCGCUGUUGGGUGGGCACGUGAAAAAAGAGAAUACAGAAAAACAAGGAAAUGGUUCUCCUUGUUACAAAUUCAGCUCUGUCGCCAUUGAGGAAUCAAUGGCACUUUUGUAUGGAGAGACAACUCCCAUUGGCUUCAUCCAGAAUUGUCCCAAAAAGUUCCUUAGUUAUGUAACUACAGCAAAAAAUACCCCAAACAGGAUAGUUCUAUCAUCUGAUGACCAAAUUAAUGCCAUGUUUAAACGUUUAUUCAGAGAGUAUGAGUCUGAUCCUAAUAGUGGUUUGCACUCGGAUGUGUGGACAGACAUCCUGUUCCUUCGGCAAUUUAUCCAUUGGAUAGAUGGUAAGAGCAUAAACUCACAAUGGUCCUUUCAGAUGAAGCAAAUGCUGCUAAAUAGAGUUUGCUCUUCUGGUUCAGAAGAUUGUGUCGAGUUUCUCCUUUCUGUGGGUGUCACACCUGAUAAUGAAACACUGUUUAGUGUGGUGAAGGGUGGGAGUGUACAAUUACUGAGUGCACUAACAAAGUAUGACAUCAUUCCUACAGCAAGGGCAUGCAGGUCACGAUCAUCACAUUAUAAAUAUUACACUUACAAUAUCAAUGUCCUACAUGAGGCAUGUUUGCUUGAGAGAGAAGAUAUGGUGACCAUGUUGUGUGACACUUAUCCACACUUGGUACAUGACACUAAUUACUGGAGACAAAGCUCGCUCCAUCUUGCAGCACGGACAGGAAACUGUGGAAUAUUUCAAAUAGUGGAGAGAACAGUUCUUAAAUCGUUGUGUAGAGUUGAGGAUGUACAACAUAAGUGUGAAUCAGAAGAUGGUCAUGUUGUGCAUAGGAGUUGUGUGUGUGGACAGUACAUGUCACAGUUAGUUGACGAGUCUGGGAGGACUGUGUUACAUUGGAGUUGUAGGGAGGGACACAGGGAGUUUAGUUUAGAGCUGGGUAAGACUUACCCAGCACUAACUACAGCUGUAGACAAGGAUGGGAAUACAAUAUUACAUGUGAGUUGUAAGUAUGGACACCGGGAGCUUAGUUUAGAGCUGUUUAAGUGCUACCCUGCACUAACCACAAAUGUAGAUAAAGACGGGAGGACAAUAUUGCAUGCCAGUUGUAUUGGUGGACACACAGAGCUUAGUUUAGAGCUGUGUAAGUUGCACCAAGAGCAAACCACAGCUGUGGAUAAUGAUGGGAUGACAAUAUUACACUUGAGCUGUAUGUGGGGUCGCAAAGAGCUUAGUUUAGAGCUGUGUAAGUUGCAACAAGCGCAAAUCUCAGCUCAAGAUAAUUAUGGGAGAACAUUAUUGCAUGUUAGUUGUAUGUGGGGACACAGGGAGCUUAGUUUAGAGCUGUGUAAGUUGUUCCCAGCACUUACCACAGCUGUAGAUAACGAGGGGUGUCAUUGUCUACAUCACAUAGCUGGGGAGACUUCGGAUAUAGACAUGUUCACUAAUUGUGAACUUUACGUGAAACAGUAUGUUAAGACAACAGGAGGUAAGUAUGACAUCACGACCAUGCGUACUAAAAAUGGGGAGUCUGUUUUAGACCUGGCAAAGAAACGGACAAAGAGACUGAGAGGGAUGGGGGAGUUACAUAUCAAUAACCCAUUGUAUGAUCAUCUUGUCAAAUUAUUCACAAGUGAAUUAGGACCUGGUACUGGACAAGACUGA